CUACCACAUUAAUUGCUCUUCUUGAUUUCACUCUUUCUUCUACUUCUACCCCACAUAUGAUCCUUCCCUUACACAUACAAAAUCUCUUCCCAGGUCCAUAUGUUCCUACACAUUUCCUUCCCAAUUCUGUUAAAAUGACAGUUACACAAGCUACCCUUUUCACUAUUUUCCUCAUUAGUUCAUCUACUUAAUAACAAUAUCAUUAAACACUAUUCCAAAACAUAAAUGAACAGGAACAAAAAAAGAUAUUCUUAUUUCUUACCUCCCUAUAUAUAAGCCUUUCAUAACAUACCAAUACCAUACAUAUAUGCCAACACAAAAACUCUUUUUGUACACUUCUUUCUCCUUCUAGUAUACUCGAACAUAUUGAAAAUUCCUUGAGCAUGUCACUAUCCUGCUCGAAAACAUUUUUGAAUCGUUUUUGUAUAGACGAAGUAAAUAUUGAAAGUAGUAGUUAUGGUAGCGUUUUCUCUAGUGAUAUCUUACCGUCUCUUGGAGCUCGAAUCAACCACGUUGUUAAACUUAAGAAAUAUACCAUCUCACCUUAUAAUUCUCACUACAGAACGUGGGAGAUGCUUCUUGUUAUCUUGGUUGUGUACUCGGCUUGGAUUUGCCCAUUUCAGUUCGCGUUCCUUACUUACAAACAAGAUGCACUCUUCGUAAUUGAUCACAUUGUCGAUGGAUUUUUUGCAAUUGAUAUAGUCCUUACCUUUUUUGUCGCGUAUCUUGAUACCCGAUCUUACCUGUUAAUCGAUGAUCAUAAAAAGAUUGCAAUCAGGUACCUGUCGACCUGGUUUCUUUUUGAUGUCUGUUCGACUGCACCACUUCAAUCGUUUAGCCUCCUCUUUACUGACCACAAUGGUGCACUCGGGUUUAAAGCUCUUAACAUGCUUAGGCUUUGGAGACUGCGAAGAGUCAGUUCCCUUUUCGCUAGGCUUGAGAAAGACAUAAGGUUCAAUUAUUUUUGGACCCGGUGUACAAAACUUGUCUCUGUAACUCUAUUUGCUGUUCAUUGUGCUGGAUGCUUCAAUUACCUGAUAGCAGACAGAUACCCUGAUCCAACCAAGACUUGGAUUGGUGCAGUAAAUCCUAAUUUUAAGUCACAAAGCAUAUGGAAAAGAUACAUUACCUCCAUAUACUGGUCUAUUGUCACCUUAACAACCACAGGAUAUGGAGAUUUACAUGCUGAAAACACACUCGAGAUGAUAUUCGACAUCUUCUAUAUGUUAUUCAAUCUCGGCCUUACAUCUUACCUCAUCGGGAACAUGACAAAUCUUGUCGUUCAAGGGACUAGUCGCACUAGAAAUUUCAGAGAUACAGUCAGGGCGUGCACAGAAUUCGCAACACGCAAUCAGCUUCCACCGAGAAUACAAGACCAAAUGCUGUCACAUAUAUGUCUAAAGUUCAAAACCGAAAGUUUGAAGCAGCACGACACACUAAGCGAUCUGCCUAAAGCGCUCCGAUCUAGCAUUUCGCAAUAUCUAUUCUUUCCUAUAGUCCAGAAAGUCCAACUCUUUUUUGGGGUGUCUCAAAAUUUUCUUUUCCAAUUGGUUUCGGAAAUGGAUGCUGAAUAUUUCCCGCCUAGAGAAGAUGUCAUUAUACAAAAUGAGAUUCCGACAGACAUCUAUAUCCUUGUAUCGGGUGCAGUGGACAUCAUCCUGAAUAGUAUUGGGCGUGACAAGGUUGUCCAACAGAUGAUUGCAGGAGAUAUAUUCGGAGAGAUAGGAGUUUUAUAUGACAGGCCGCAGCCAUUCACAGUUCGUACUACUGAGCUCUCGCAGAUACUAAGGCUAAAUAGAGCUUCGCUCACAAACAUUAUGCAAGCAAACAAGGCAGACGGCCACAUUGUUAUGAGCAAUCUAUUUUUGAAACUUAAAUCUCUAGAGAGCCAAGGUGUUUUAGAGCAGCAAAAAGUAGGCGAACAUCUUUAUGGCGAAUGGUUUGAUGGGUCACAAAAGUGUAAGAUGUGCUUUAAGAAUGGAUGUGAUGCUGAAUUGUGUGAAGGUUCCAUGACAAAUAAAGCAUGGAAGGCUGCAUACAAGGUUGGAACCCAAGUUUGUCGUGAUUCACCUUCAGGGACGAUGGACAUUCAAUCUGUGAUCCAUGAUGAGGACUUGGGUGCAGUUAAAAUUCAGCUAGAUGAAGGUCCGAACAUGACUUGGGUGCCACUAGCUCACUCGAAUCAGCACGAAAAAAGAAACAUGUACAACAAACUAACAUACGAUAGAAAUAGAGUGUCGGUUGAUAGGAUUAGUAUAGAAGUUGAUGAAAUCCAAUACCCAGGACACAAUAACAUACAUGGGUCUAGAGAAAGCCACUACUGGGACCAAGUAGAAACCGAGAAGUCCAGAUCAAGCAAUCAUAUAGAACAGUCUGGAUCAACGAUUUUAAGAUCUAAAAAUAAGAGUAGAGUAAUCAUUCAUAUGCAGUCACAAAGUGAGUGCAUGGAGAAGCAGUUCGGCAAACUGCUUCUCCUACCUGAUAGUCUCGAAGAACUACUCAUUAUUGCAGGUCAAAAGCUAGGAGGGCACUUCACGAAGAUACUCAAUACAGAGAAUGCAGAAGUAGAAGAUAUUGGAGUCAUAAGAGAUGGAGAUCAUCUAUUUUUCAUGUAAUAAGAAUGUGUGGGACUAAAAGAGUGCAAAUUUGCAAAUAAAAGCCGCUCUUCCUACCUUUCCUUAACAAUUUUUAAACUAGAGAUUAAGUGUAUCAUAGGAGAAUUAGGAAAUUCUGACACUGAGCUUGAAAAAUAAUCAAGCUUCUUAACUAACAAAAUUAAAGGGAAAAACCAGAUUUCGAACAGUUUAGUUUCGAGUGUGAGGAAAAAUGGUUAAUCUAUUGUACAAGUUUAUGACUUAAUGCAAAGUUCGAUUAGUUACUCA